UCAACAACCGCUCCACCGGCCGCACUAACGCCGUUUCUCAGGCCAUUCUCCCGGAAACUAGGAAAGAAGACGCACAUAAGUCAUCUUCUACAGAAUAUCCCCCACCCGCUUCACCUUUGAAUAACCCUACCUGCCUCUCCUCACAUCGUCACCAUGCUCGCUACCUCGAGAAGCGCUGUGCGCCGAGCUGCCUCGAAGCAGUACUCGCUCAAGAAUGGGGCAAGAGCGGCCUCGGCGUGGUCCAAUGUCCCCCAAGGGCCUCCUGAUGCCAUUCUUGGUAUCACCGAAGCAUUCAAGGCCGACAGCAACCCAGAGAAGAUCAAUUUGGGCGUUGGUGCAUACCGAGAUGACAAGGGCAAGCCAUUCGUCCUGCCAUCGGUGCGGUCUGCGGAGCAGAAGAUCGUCGACUCCUCGCUGGACAAGGAGUACGCAGGCAUUACUGGUGUCCCAGCGUUCGCAAAAGCUGCGGCCCUCCUCGCAUACGGACCCGACUCUGCAGCCAUUAAGGAGGACCGCGUGGCCAUCACACAGUCCAUUUCCGGUACUGGAGCUCUCCGGAUAGGUGGUGCGUUCCUCGAGCGCUUCUACCCUGGCUCCAAGACCAUCUACAUCCCGAAUCCCAGCUGGGCCAACCACACUGCUGUCUUCAAGGACUCGGGGCUGAAGGUGGAGAAGUACCGCUACUACAACAAGGACACCAUUGGCCUCGACUUCGAUGGCUUCGUUGCCGACAUCAAGGCCAUGCCCAAGGGCAGCAUCAUCCUCCUCCACGCCUGCGCCCACAACCCCACUGGCGUUGACCCUACCGACGAGCAAUGGGUGGCCAUCGCAGAGGCAGUAAAGGAGGGCGGCCACUUCCCGUUCUUCGACAUGGCCUACCAAGGCUUCGCCAGCGGUGACACCAACAAGGACGCAUUCGCCCUGAGACACUUCAUCAAGGAAGGUCUCCACCCCGUUCUCGCGCAGAGCUUUGCAAAGAACAUGGGCUUGUACGGUGAGCGCGUCGGAGCUUUCUCAGUUGUAUGUGGGUCUGCCGAGGAGAAGAAGCGAGUGGAUUCCCAGCUCAAGAUUCUCGUGCGACCACUCUACUCCAACCCGCCGGUCCACGGCGCCCGCAUCGCAUCAUCAAUCUUGAACGACGAGGAGCUGAACAGGCAAUGGCUGGGCGAGGUUAAGGACAUGGCGGACCGCAUCAUUACGAUGCGCGCGCUGCUGAAGGACAACCUCGAGAAGCUGGGGAGCAAGCGCGACUGGAGUCACAUCACGUCACAGAUUGGCAUGUUCGCAUUCACGGGGCUGAAGCCCGAGCAGAUGGAUGUGCUCGCCAAAGAGCACUCCGUAUAUGCCACUAGGGACGGAAGAAUCUCCGUAGCGGGCAUUACGACUGGCAACGUCAAGCGGUUGGCCGAGGCGAUCUACAAGGUUACCGGUUGAUCUAGGGAAGAAUGGUUUGCAUUCUCACCGCUUCUUUGCAUAUGGGACUAUUAGAGAGGUGAACUGUACUUUACUGUAGAGCAUGGUGAAGUUACUUCCUGGUAGGAUACAAAAUCAACCGUCAUCUUCCCUCUAUGUCUCGAU